AUGAAAUGGGAUAUCAGUGUAAAUGUAAGGGUCUGUUUGUUUGGCCAAUUGACACGUGUCAUUCAUAUGAGACCUGUGAUAACAUCACUGAUGGUGUGUGUACAUGUAUCAAUGCUCUUCCAAACAAUGGACAGUUCUGCCAGUUAAAGAAAGGUCCGACUUCAAACUACAUGAUUGAUGUUGAUGUGAGAUUCUUUGACUCGUCUCUUGUGAACUUCUUACGAAAUCUGAUCACAAAUAUCAACCUUCCUCUCACUCUGAGUAACAACAUAAAUGUCACAGAUAUCGACAUGACUACUGUGUGUGGAUUAAAUGGUACAGAAUAUGAGUGUAAGUGUGAGGAUCAUCAUGUCUGGUCCAAUAACACCUGUGACGUCUAUCAGGUGUGUGAUGGGAUUGUGGGAGGAACUUGUGGAUGUAUUCAAGGUCUCCCUUCAGAGGGUCAACUUUGCCAGAGAGACAUAAAUGAAUGUGAAGAUGCACAGUCAGUGUGUGGUCAAAACUCAGAUUGUAUUAACACCAUUGGGAGUCACAUUUGUUCAUGCUGGAGUGGAUUUGCUCCCAUCUAUAAAGACAUUCCUGUGAGCGUCAACAACUCAUGUGUCCGAAGGCUUCCCGUGCUCUCCCGCCUAAACAGCAGCGGAGCCGUGAAGCUGGAAGACGCCCCGAGACCGAGUCCACGCCGGCUCAUCCCCCGCGUGCUCUGUCUCCCCGCCGUCAUCCCGUCACCUUCGUCCAUGAGGACCAACGCCCCGUGCCAAGUGCUAGCGGCAUGGUUUCCUUUGGGUCCGGUGACAACUUGGAGAUGA